GGUGGGGGCGGGGCGUCGGCCCGGAAGCCAGGCUCGGCCACGUCUGCGAGAUCUGAGUGAGCUGGUUAGGUGCACACUGCGCGGCCGCAUCUCGCCUUUGGAGAGAACGUUCUUGCUCCAGAUCUAGACAUGGAUCUGGAGGCUGUUUCUAAGCGCUCGGCAUUCCAUGCCAAGCCUCAGGGGCUCAUUCUUCAGUAUGGGACUGCUGGAUUCCGGACAAAUGCCCAACAUCUUGAUCAUAUCAUGUUUCGAAUGGGGUUGCUAGCUGUUCUGAGGUCAAAGCAGACAAGAUCUACCAUUGGAGUCAUGGUUACGGCCUCACACAACCCUGAGGAAGACAAUGGCGUGAAAUUGGUCGAUCCUCUGGGGGAAAUGUUGGCCCCUUCCUGGGAGGAGCAUGCCACCCGUCUGGCCAGUGCCGAGGAGCAGGACCUGCCCAAGGUGCUUGCUGCCAUCGUGGAGAGAGAAGCCGUGGAUCCGCAGCAGACUGCCUUCAUAGUUGUUGGCAGAGACACCAGACCCAGCAGCGAGAAACUUUCCCAGUCUGUAAUAGACGGCGUGACUGUUUUAGGAGGUCAAUUCCAUGAUUAUGGCCUCUUGACCACACCUCAGCUACACUACAUGGUGUAUUGCCGGAAUUCCGAAGGCCGCUAUGGACAGGCCACCAUAGAAGGCUACUGCCAGAAACUCUCCAGGGCUUUCGUAGAACUCAUGAAACAGGCUUCCUGCAGUGGAGACGGAAGCAGAUGGGUUAAGGUUGACUGUGCCAACGGCAUAGGGGCCUUGAAGCUAAAGGAAAUGGAGCACUACUUCCGCCAGGGACUGUCGGUUCUGCUGUUUAAUGAUGGGACUGAAGGGCGGCUCAACCACCUGUGCGGUGCUGACUUCGUGAAAAGUCAGCAGAAGCCCCCCCAGGGAAUGGCAAUGAAGCCGGGUGACAGAUGCUGCUCCUUUGACGGGGAUGCAGACAGGAUCGUGUAUUACUACUGCGAUGCAGCUGGCCGCUUUCAUCUCAUAGACGGAGACAAGAUAGCGACGCUCAUCAGCAGCUUCCUUAAAGAGCUACUGUUGGAGAUUGGAGAAAAUCUGAAUAUCGGCGUCGUACAGACAGCAUAUGCAAAUGGAAGUUCCACAAGGUACCUUGAAGAAGUUAUGAAGGUACCUGUGUAUUGCACUAAAACCGGUGUCAAACAUUUGCAUCACAAGGCUCAAGAGUUUGACAUUGGAGUUUAUUUUGAAGCGAAUGGGCAUGGCACAGCUCUGUUCAGUGAAGCGGUUGAAGCGAGGAUAAAGAGACUCGCCCAAGAGCUGGAAGAUGAAAAGGGAAGAGCUGCCAGGAUGCUUGCGAGCUUCAUCGACUUAUUCAACCAGGCAGCUGGAGAUGCUAUUUCUGACAUGCUGGUGAUUGAGGCCAUCCUGGCUCUGAAGGGGCUGUCUGUACAGCAGUGGGAUGCUAUUUAUGCCGAUCUUCCUAACAGACAACUCAAAGUUAAGGUUGCGGACAGAAGAGUUAUUAGCACCACAGAUGCUGAGAGACAAGCAGUCACUCCACCAGGACUCCAGGAGGCAAUCAAUGACCUGGUGAAGAAGUACAAGCUUGCCCGAGCUUUUGUACGGCCCUCUGGUACUGAGGAUGUUGUCCGAGUCUAUGCAGAAGCCACCUCACAAGUAAGCUGGGAUCAAUCUACUGACAGAGUUGGGAAUCAAGGAACACAGGGAAGGAGCAAGCACUCUGUGUUUGGAUCUCACCAUGGCUUUCCUUUGACAUCUGUGAAUACAGUCCUUUAGGAAAUGGAGAUUGAAGUGAGUGUGAAUACAGUGAGAGGCUAGUCAGAGGUACACGGUUAGACAAGUUUACACCCCCUUUAAUUUGUUCCCAGACAAUGUUCUUUAUCCCAGAUUCUCGAGGAUGUGUUCUGGCUGUGCAGGGAUAAGUAAUAAAUCCUUAGUUUAGUUUGACACAUGCUAAUUUUAAUAUAUUCUUUUCCCCCUUUAAAUCUGUAGUUUGUGGAAGUUUCUGGACUUUCCAAACCUUUCUUCAGAGGAUAUUCCUGUCCUUACUCUGUACCUGUAUUUUCUGCAAUUUUAUCAUUUGCCCUUUGGGUGAACGUGGAGAAACAUCAACAGUUACCUCUAAGAAUUACUUAUGGAGGCUUGGUUUUAAGUUAAUUUAGAAUAAUUUUAUAAACUAGAAACUGAAAAUUGCAUUUAGAAGUACCCAACCCACUUUUUAUUUAAUUGUGGGCUUUAGAACUUAUUACUAAAAGCUGGAAACAGUCGGGAAGGACCCAAAACAGGCACUGUGCCUCUCCCCUAACCUUACUGUGAUUUGCAGGAAAGUGCAGAUACGCUUGCCUAUGAGGUGAGCUUGGCGGUGUUUCAGCUGGCCGGAGGCAUUGGAGAAAGACCACAACCACCUUUCUGAAGAUGAAUUUUAUAUUCUGUGGAAAUGGACUUCUGAAAUGUUUUUAUAACACUUUAUAAUACUAAAGCACUAAGGCAUUUGCAAUCGUGACAUGACAAAUGCAUGCUAAUGGAUUAUUUCUAGAUGGUUUUUAAAUGCUACCAGGAAAAAAAUGUUUAGAAGCUCUAAAUCUUAGACAUGGGAAUGAAGCUUACCCUGAUUUUAAUCUGUAUUAUGUUUUAAUAGCUCAAGUGUCAUUAAUUUUACAGGGUAUGCAGUGAAUUCAUGUAGGGUAUUGGGAAUUAAACUUUAUUACCAACUAA